AGAUUCUUUGGCAGUUUUUGGUCAACUGACUAUUUAGAAGGGGUUUAGAGAGCCAGGUUUCAUUUGAGAUUUAACUGGUGAAAAUACAGCCCAAUUUCUUCAAGAGAAAACCAUGAAGUUAAAGAACUAAUAGGUUUUUAGGCUUCUUUAUAUACCUGAGAGAAGAUAGCACCGAAUCCAUAAUCAACAGCAGGAGACUGCUGUAAUGGUGAAAACUACAAGCCAUGUAUAACCUGUGGAUGGCAUGGUCGGGAGUGCUGUUGCCCUUGAUCAAGUUCACUCAUUCAGUCCUCAAACCAGUACUGCCCCCAGUGAUCAAGAACCAACCUUUCAACAUGUUCUGGGCUGCCCCAACGAUGCAGUGUCAACAUUUCUUCAACGUGGAUUUGAAUCUCCCAUUAUUUAAUAUUAUAGCAAAUCCUGUAGAGACUCAGAGGGGGUCAACAAUUGCCAUAUUUUAUCCAAAUGAAUUAGGGUAUUAUCCUUAUUUCUCUCAAGAUGGAAAAUCCUUUAAUGGAGGGAUACCACAGAAUAUGAGUCUUUCUAAACACCUCAGGAAGACAGCUGAUGACAUUGCAAAAGUUAUCUCUUGGUGGAGAUCAGAAGGUCUUGUUGUCAUUGACUGGGAAAGCUGGAAACCCCAAUGGGAUAGAAAUUGGGGCAAGAGAAUAAUAUAUAAAAACCACUCCUUAGCCUUCACUAGAAACCACCAUCCUGAUUGGUCAGAAAUGAAAGUGAAAACAAUUGCCCAACAGGAAUUCGAAAGUGCUGGAAGGAGUUUUAUGAACACCACUCUCACAUUGGCUUUAGAAAUGAGACCAAAGUGUUUAUGGGGCUUUUAUCUCUACCCAGACUGCUACAAUUAUGAUUAUAGGACAAACCCACAGAUCUACACAGGUAAAUGCCCAAAUGAUGAAAUUUCCCGCAAUGACCAACUCCAGUGGCUAUGGGAAAAAAGUACAGCACUUUAUACGUCAAUAUAUUUGGAUAAAAUAUUGAAGUCAAGUUUAAAUGCUUUGAAAUUUGUUCAUUAUCGAGUUAGGGAAGCCAUAAGGAUCGCUGGGAUGGCUAGACAUGACUAUAUUUUGCCAGUUUUUAUUUUUUCCAGACCAUUUUAUUUGCAUAGUCUUGAAGCUUUGUCACAGGAAGAUUUAGUACAUACAAUUGGCGAGAGUGCCGCAUUGGGAGCAGCAGGAAUAAUACUGUGGGGAGGAUAUGAAUACUCUGAUUCAAAGAAGGCCUGCUUAACCGUGCAAAAGUCUAUCCAAGGGCCAUUGGGCCAUUAUGCAGUUAAUGUGACAUCUGCAGCCAAAUUCUGCAGUCAAAGCCUAUGUAACAAUAAUGGAAGGUGUGUCCGAAAAGCACCUGAGUCCUCCGCCUAUCUGCAUAUGCCUGAAAGCAGCGCUAAGAAAUACAUCCUAAAUAAGAGUUUCAGAUUCGUCGUUUCUCCAGCCGAUAAACUGAAGACAGUAAAGGUCAUGAAGAACGGGUUUGUGUGUCACUGUUAUUACGGCUGGCAUGGGGAAUCCUGCCGGCAACACUCUUCAGAUCUCUUGAGAGAGAAGAAUAAGGCUCCUAUGACUAACUUUAAAUUUUCAGUGUUUCUCAGCAUGACCUUAUUUAUCAUUCUGUUGAAUUUUGUUACCCCCUAUUGCAAUGCCAAUUUUUCCUUGCAAUACUGAAGAGUAGAAAAUGCUGCUUUUUCCCCCCUUUAAUCUACCGCUAAAUAUUUAUUGGCUUUAAAGUAAAAAAAAAUUAUUUUUUAAGUGA